GUCGAUUCCAAUUAUCAAAUCAUGGAGGUACUUGGCAAUAUGUCAGAGAAGGACUUUAGAAUGCAUGGACAGAUACCACCAACAAGAGUAACCUCGACAUAUCAAUAUCGUUUGGAAUAUGAGCAUGCACCUGUAUUCAUCUGUGGACGUUACAACAAAUAUGUACGCAACCUAAGUCAAACACCAUGGUCACUCAACGAUGAGCCUGUCACUCUGGACUGUGUCGAGCAGUUCAUCAGCAAGCCCAUCAAGGAUAGAUCCACCAACUUUGUGUCAUCUGGAAGAGAGGAUAUUGAUGUUAGGAUGCUUGGAGAGGGUAGACCAUUCUUUUUGGAGAUCACCAAUCCACACAAGAUACUCUUGACCUACGAUGACUUUAGAAAGAUCGAAGAGACAAUCAAUUCAAAUGCUGAUAUCAGAGUAUCCAGACUACAAUUCAUCACAAAGAAACAAACAUCAGUUCUAAAGGAUGGAGAGACAUCUAAACAAAAGGUGUAUAGAUGUGUAGUUUGGACUGCAAAGGAUAUGACUGAGGAGUAUUUGCAUAAUGUAUUGGAUAAGGUGAAUAAUAUGGAACUCAAACAGAAUACACCUGUUAGAGUACUGCACAGAAGAUCAUUGGCAGAGAGGAAGAAGACUAUUGCCAAACUGGCAGUGAAGUGUAUCGCUCCACACUUUAUACUGCUGGACGUGUGGGCAUCAGCUGGAACAUACAUCAAGGAGUUUGUCCACGGUGACCUUGGCCGCACCACACCAUCCCUGGGCAGUCUCCUACAAACAGAAGCUGACAUCACCCAACUCGAUGUCUUGGAGAUCGAGAUGAACUUCCCUCCAGUACCAGUGAACAGUACAAAGCCUACACAAAGA